AGCUGGGCUGUGAGGAGCUGCCGGGGCUGCGGAGCUAUCCUCCCGCUAGUCCCGCGCCUGGCGCCGAAGUUCACUGCCCACAGCCAGGAUGCUCCUUAGCUUCCGCAGGAACCGCCGGAGCCAGUUCAAUCACAUCAUCCAUGGCUUCCUCCCAGCAGCCAGCAUUGCUCCGAAGCCAGCUGUGCCUUGCACACCUCCUCCCCGGAGCCCCAACCCAUCUCCAGAGAGAACCAGGUCUGCCCUGGCUGCAGUCAUCCUGGCGACCACAUUGACUGGACAGACAGUGGCCAUUCCCCAGCCUCGCCAGAGAUCCCGGUCUGAGAGUGAUGCCUCCUACGUUGAAAAGGACAGCUUCAUCGAACCCUAUGCCACCACCUCAGAGCUGAGGCCUCGGUGGCAGAAUGAGCCGGGAAGAACUUCCUUACCGUCCUUCGAGACCUUAGGCUACAGGCAGGAUGGGGAUGCUGAAACACAGGUGUCAACAAGCUACAGGGAGUCAGAGUCCAGCACCUGGAAGGACAUGGGAGAUGGCAGAGAUGCUGCCUAUGCUGUGCCUCACAGGAAUCAGGGACUAUUGUCACAGAAGGUGGUGAGAGAAGAUGAUGUUUCUGAGCAAGAUGGGCUUUCACACUCUUCUUCCUCUUCCUCCUCCCUCACACCACAGCACGCUCAACAGAAAGAUGGUAAAUACUCUGUUCUGAAUCUAGAGGAUGAGAAAGUGCCAUUACGUGAAAAACCUCCUCCCUCUCCAGAUGUAGCUGGUAGAGUACAUCAAAGAUAUACAGAAAUGACCAAAGAAAAGUUUGAGGAGCUAAAAGAAGAAACCGUGCAUCUACACGCUGCAAACCAGUCCCUCAGCCUUGAACUGAGCGCCAUGAGACAAGCUAUGAGGGAGUUACAGCUGCAGCUUAGGAGAGCGGGAAAAGACAGCCGGAGGCUGAAAGAGGCAGAAAAGGCACCCUCUCAGGAAGUAGCCACACCUGAAUUACUUUACCUAAGGAAGCAAAGCCAAGCCCUGCUGGAUGAAAACAAGGAGUUGAAGGUGAUUGUCCACCGUUUGAACGUAGAACUCAGUCGCUACCAAACAAAAUUCAGGCAUUUGUCUGAGGAAGAGAGUUCCCAAAUCGAAGGCCUCCCAUCAAAGGGCCCCACACCCCCCUGGUUGUUGGAUAUAAAGUACCUCUCCCCACUGUUGCUGGCUUAUGAAGACAGAAUGAAGGAGAAGGACAAACUCCACAGCACCCUGGAGGAGGAAAUGAAAACCUUUAGGCUGCGAGUCCAGGAAGUGGUGAGAGAAAAUGAAGGCUUGCAUCAGCAGUUAAAUCAGAGUAGCCCCGUCGCCAGCGAGGAAUGGAGGCAGCUUCAGGCUCAAGCAGAGCUGGUUCUAGAUGAGAACAAGCUGUUGAUAGAGCAGUUGGAGAUUCAGCAAACAAAAUCCAGGGACACCCACCAGGAGCACCUCCAAGAAGUUUCUAAGCUGACUAAACAGCUUGUGCUCCUGGAGGCCAAGACCCAGAGUCAGGAGCAGCAGCUGGUGGAGAGCAAGGAGCAGCUGGGGAGCUUACAGGCCAGAUGCCAGGAACUCAAAGCACAGCUGGACAGCAAGAUCGCCAUAGAUGUUCAUACGUCGAUUGUCAAUGAACUGAAAAGCCAGUUGCGAAAGGAAGAAGAAAAAGACAGUGCUGAGAUGGAGGAGCUGCUGGAAAAGCUGACAGCCCUACAGGUGCAGAAGAAGAGCCUGCUUCUGCAGAAAAGCAGCUGGGUCAGCAGAAACAGAGCACUCGAGGCUGAGCUAGAGCGCAUGCGCAAGACAAACAGGCAAUACCAAAAGAAAAUUGAUGUCCUCAGAAAGCAAGUGGAAAAGGCCAUGGGGAAGGAGAUGUCUGCCCACCAGUACCUGGCAAACCUGGUGGGCUUGGCGGAGAAUGUCACCAAGGAACGAGACAGUCUUAAGUAUUUGGCUCAGUGUUUAGAGAGCGAAAAGCAUGGAGUCCUCAACAAAAUCCUGAAAGGCAACAUUCGCCUGGGAAAGCUGGAGGAGAGGGUGAAGGGGUACAAGAAACAGGCAGCCUUGAAGCUGGGUGACAUCCAUCAUCGCCUGGUGGAACAGCAGGAGGACUUCGCUGGCAAAGCAGCUCAGUACCAGAAGGAGAUGAGGUACCUGCAGCGGAUGCUGCAGGAGAAGCAAGAGGUCCUGGAUGAGGCCCUGCAGCAGAAAAGAGAAAUGGAAGGUGAGCUUGAAAUGGUUCUGCAGUCCACUGCCAAGGAAAACAUCCGGAUUCGAGGCCUUCUCCAGGCCACCCUGGAGAGGGGAGGCACACAGCACACCAGAGCUCGUGAGGACACUUGCCUCAGUGGCAUCACUCAGGGGGACCUGCUGGUUGGCCACGAUUUCAGCUAUGGUGAUGUGCAGCCUCCUGCUGCCACUGCCCGCCAGGGUCUGGGGGAGUCUGUGGCAUAGGCCUCCUCUUCUGAGGUGGACUUCCUCCAAGCAGGUGGGUGGCUCCUCUCCCCAGGAGGGCCAGUGUGACAAGCCUGUGGAAGCCACUGACUGUCAUAGCCAGAAGGAAAUAAACCAGCCCAGCAUCAAA